UCUCCCCUCUCUCCUCCCUCCCCCUCUCUCUCUACGUUCUCACGCGAUAGGCGAUUUGGAUUCCAGCCUCAACUCCGAUCGCAACGAGCGACACCAAUCCUUUGGUUGAUUUCAAAGGAGAGGUUAGGGUUUUAAUUCGAUCUUCUUCGCUCUAGGGUUAGGGUUAAGCUCCGACCUUUGUUUCUUGUUCGGCUGUUGGGGAUCUCUCUCAAUUGCUCGUGUAGAUUCUGCGAUUUGAUCGUCCGGUUUAUUGUAUGUUUAGUGGGAGAAGUUUGCAGAAAAUUCGGGUGAAAUACGGCUUCAAGUAUGCUGACAGGAGAUCGAAGAUUGGCUCCAUCACGGAAGCUCACUGUUUUGGGAAAAGUCCCAAAGCCUAUUAAUUUACCCAGCCAAAGGUUGGAAAACCACGGGCUCGACCCAAAUGUUGAAAUCGUACCAAAGGGUACACUCACAUGGGGAAGCCGACCAUCUUUGGCUGCACCGAAUGCAUGGGGUACCUCUGGUAUUUUGUCUCCUCGUACUGAUGGAAGUGCUGGCUCACCAAGCCACUGUCCAUCAUCUGGAGGAGGAACACGUCCUUCUACUGCUGGCAGUGAUAAAUCCCUUGAAUCGGUUUCUAAUGCAUGGGGCCCAAAUUCUCGUCCGUCAUCAGCAUCAGGGAUAUUAACAUCGAGCCAGGUAUCAGCAGCAGCAACACGUCCUCGAAGUGCUGAGACAAGACCUGGUAGCUCUCAGCUAUCUCGCUUUGCGGAUAAUUUAGCUGAUAACACUGCUUCGUGGGUUGCAGCAGGGUCUGCUGGGAGAUUGGGAACUGUAUUAUCCAAAAGUAGUGGGUUCACUUUGAGCUCUGGAGAUUUCCCGUCACUUGGCUCUGAUAAGAACUUUGAUACACACUCUCAACGAGGUCAUAGUUCUCAAGGGUGCCCUCUCAGCUCCCAAGGUCGUCCUGCCAGUUCUCAAGGGCGUCCUGCUUCAGCAUCUGAAGCAGAUCCAAAUCCGAAAGGGUUUUCGGAGCCUGAGCUAGAUGGUGAGGUUGCAGGAAAUAAGAGCACAAAUCACUUGGACCAUGGAACUGUUAUUAAUACCUGGAAGCCAGAUAAUCCGGCUUAUGCAGAACACGGUGCCUCACCUAACAUGGAGAACUGGCACAAUGAUCGCCAUCUGGCAUCUCCAUAUCCAAGUAUGAAUAUGCCACCUCCUCCAUAUGAUUCUUGGCAUAAUCCUUCAUUUCACCCAGCUGAAGGAUCUUGGUAUAGAGGUGGAGCAGUUGGCGGUCCCUUUAGGCCACCUGGCAGUUAUCCUAUGGAUUAUACUCAUGAUCCUGCAAGGCCAUUAUCUAAUCCGCAGUUUCCAAGUCUGGAUGCUGGUCCUUGUGGAUCCUAUCCUAACAACUGUGGACCUUAUCGUCCAUACAUGCCACCAGAACGGUACAUGGGUCCAGGUCGCCCUGAUAUCCAAGUUAGACCUGGACACUAUGUGGAACCAGUGCCCUAUGGUCCUCGCCCUAACGUUUACAAUCCUAAUGAGAGGGAAACUUCCAUAAUGGGAAUGGUUCGACCUGUUCAUAACCAAUAUCCAGUCCAACAUGAAAACAUUCAUAUGAGACCUGGUGGAUAUGCUACUGUAGAGAACAAGGAGCAGAUAAAAGCUAAUCAAGCUCAGGAAACUCAAGGGCAGUUCAGGGUUCUGUUAAAACAGCAUGAGUGCUCAGAAGACCGUGACGAACUGGAAAAGCGAGGUCACUUUGAAGCAGUUGGCUCACCACAUCAUGGAAGUGUAAACUAUUUUCGAAGUUCUAGUCAGAACGGAGAUGACGAAAUGAAGAGUCAAAUGCAGGAAACAGUAUCUCCCUGUUUUCCAGCAGAGACAGUAUCUUCUCAGACUAGUGGAGUCGUGGAUGGCCGAUCUAAAGAUGUUAGAGACUUGGUAGCCGAUUCAAGCAACAGAACUCAUGGAAGGAGGACUGAAGCUGCAAACGUCCAGACUCGUGAUCUGAACCAAUAUCCCAUAAUUAAGAAGAAUGCAACUCUGAUGGAAAAAGUGGAGAGCUUAAAUAAUAAAGCUCGAAUGGCUGACAGUCACUGUGAAAGUGGGUCAGUUUCUAGAGAGAAAUCAAUAUCUUCCAAAAAUUUAUCAAGAAUCGAUCAGUUUGCCAAAGUAGGUAGUGCUUAUGCUGGCUCUGCUGAGGCUCCUGCUGUUAAUCUUAACAUUGAAACUCCAACUAUUAAAAUUGAAGAGUUGAAUGUCUUAACAGAAGACAAAAAUAAACAAUCAACUACGGACAACAUAUUUUCCCCUGCUCCACCAAACUCUGAGGCUGCUGGUGAAGAUCCUCAUAUUGUGGGUCAUAAAAAAGUUCAAGGCACUAGAAGCAUUGAUAGUCAGACUAAAUUAAGAUCUAUCAGACAUGAUAAUGAAGAGUGGAUGAAAAAGCCUCCUGGAAGUGAAUCCUCAGUGAAUUCCAGCAGGAUGAGUGCUAAAGGAGGGACACUUGAAUUUAAUGCUUCCCAUGAGAAGCAGUUGUGCCUUGAAGUGGGUGGUGUAGAAGGAUCACAUGCAGCGUCUUCUUUGGAUCCAGUUGAUCUCGAAGCUCAGCGUGCUAAAAUGAAAGAGAUGGCAGCACAGCGUGCAAAACAGCUGCAAAGGGAGGAGGAAGAGUGGACAAGGGAACAAAAAGCAAAAGCUCGUGCAAAACUGGAAGAAUUGAACAGGCGAACAUUAGUAGAAAGUUCUAGCCUGAAGUCCAAUCGUGCUUCAUCAAAGAGUAGUGAUGUUCAGAACAAUAUCCAGGAUACUGGACCUGGUGAUAAAUUUUCUACUGAAGCUCUCUGUGGUACCACAGAUCCCCAUUCUGAAGAAAUGAAACAGGCAGUUGAUAGUGGCGGUAAGAAACCUGCACAAACUUCAAGCUCUUCUGGCCAAUCUUCUGUAGUGACAGAGGCCCGAGCUGUAUCCCCGGGACAGGAGAUCAAACCUACUGUAGAAAUUGCACUGGAAACUACUUCAGAUAUUCUACAUAACACAAUUUCCAGGCAGAAGCAGGUGGGUUAUAGAAAAAAGAAUAAUAUUCUUCUGGAAAACAGUACAGGUGGGAAGCAAACAACUUCCAGCAGUAUCGGGAACCAUAAAGAUACCGUCAAGAUUGAGGUGAAUGCAUCAAGCAAUGAUUCUUUACCUAACAACAAAGUUCCACAUGUUCAACACAAGAAAAAUAACAGGAGUGCGAGGAGCAGUGGUGAUGACAAUGAUGAGAGUCUGACAAGCUCCACUGUUUCAGCUCCAUCGAAUGUGGGAGGGAAAUUAGACAAACUCAAAGAUGAAAGUGGGAAGACCAAGCACUCAACUGCACUGGAAGAACCUAUAUCAGUGUCUUCUGAGAGGGAGAGGGAGAAUGAAACUGUAGGAACUCUGGAUUCCAGAGAAGUACCUAUGUCUGAAAGAACUGAAGAAACUCAUGGUAAAGUGAGCAAUCGCUGGAAGCCUCACCAUCCUCAUAGAAAAAACCAACAGGCUAACAAGCCAAUUUUAAAGUAUCAUCAGACUGAGGGUGUCAUGUGGGCUCCUGUGAAGUCCACGAACAAGAUUGAGAUUGAUCAAGUCAGCCAGAACAAUGCACCAAAUGGACCAAAAACAAAGAGAGCAGAAAUAGAGCGGUAUGUUCCAAAGCCAGUCGCCAAAGAACUCUCACAGCCGGAUCAACAAACAGCAGCUGCUUCUGAUAGCAGAAACGGGGAAAAGUACAAACAUAACAAGCAUGGACAGACAAAUUCCUCGUGGCGUCAACGGAGCUCAACUGGAUCUCCAUCAGUUGAAGGUUCCUCGUUUUCUGAUCAGCUGCAGACAUUAAAUAUUGACAACUUACGGAAAGAGCAGUUGACACAUACUGAUGAUGGCUGGAACGAUAAUGAGAAUCUGCUGCCAAGUGGAUCAGUGACCUCGACCGCAGCUUCAAAGAGCUAUGGAGCAAGCAGACUAAGGCGCCAGCCGUGUAAAGUACACAGAGUCUCCGGAAAUAACUAUCCUGCUUCAGAUAAUGUCGAUUCUCGAGCCUUAGGUGAUAAUGAAUCAGAAGGAAGAAGCAUCAUGAAAAUUGAUAGCCAGAAUGCUGGUAUUGAAAAUAUAAAGCCUCAUUGGCAGCCAAAAUCUCAUAGAGGUAACAGAGGGCAAAGGGCAGAGAGUGCCCCGACAGUGAUGAAUGAGGAAGAAAGAACUUCGAGCAAAAGAAAUCCUGUAGCUGAAGCAAGAGAAGCCCCCGAUCAAGAUUCUAGGAGAGAGAGAAAUGUAGUUCCUAAUCUAGAAAAAGAAGAGAUUAUCCCUGAAUUAACUCCGCAAAACAUUGGCUAUCGACAUGGACAGUACAAUGGCCGUAAUCAGAGGGGCCAUGACAAUAACUAUGGAGGUCGGAAUUUGUCUCAAGAUGGGAGCAAACAGAAAUUCCAGACAAAUGAAGAUAAGCAUAUCGAAUCUUAUGAUAAGUCUACGGGUUCUUUUCAGCAAAAUCCGAGAGGUGGUAAUGUAGCAAGUGAGGGUUCUAGGACUUCUGGACCCAGGUAUAGGGAGAGAGGCCGCAAUUUCUCACGUGGUGGUGGCCAAUUUUAGGGACGGAGGCAACAGAUGCAGUAUCCUUCACAUGGUAGUGUUACAUAUGCAAUCCAUAUGACUGGUAUGUGGUAUUAUGAUAUCAAUUAUGCUUGGAGCGGAACUCCUGCCAAUUUAAGUGGACUUUGUGCGCUGUCCUCUAAAUUUUUUAUCCCUUGGAUUCUCUUUGAGAUGUGUGUUGAUGAGCGAUAUAGGUCUUGAGAAAGAUAGCCUUGCACAGCACACAUCUCAAAUAACAAACAGAGGAUAAGUUGGUGGAAUGAGCUUUCAGUCCACUUACGUUUGUUCUACAUUUAUAUUGCUUUCUGAAGUAUCUAUCUGUUUCCAAACUGAGCCCAGGAGGAUCUAGAGCGAUAUUCGGAUGGAUCCGUUUACUUACGAGCGAUGUUGUUGCUGGAGUUUUUCAGGAUGGAUUGCUUUUGUUGUUCCACACCCACUUUAUAUAUUAACAGGAAACCGAGGUUCUUGAUUUAAUCUUUUUCCUGUGGGAUUUUUGAUUUAGAUUUUAAUCCACACGUGUAAUCGCUUUGAACUCCACUUGUGCGUGGAGCUUUGUAUAGAGAGAAUUAAUCGCUGAGUUGGGCGGGCAUGUCAAAUCCUUAACCUAUGUUUUGCGUCCCUGUUCUCACUAAUUUCUUGGUUGCGGCUUGUGUGUAAUCUCUGUGAUGUAGUUUGUGAAAGGAUUGGAUGAUGUUUGGGGGCCUGAGGGACAAUUUAGUUUUGUACAACUUCUAUUUAUAUGAGAUCUUGUUUGGCAUGUUGAUGCUUUUAUGUC